AACUCAGAAUCUUCUCACUGUAACUCAACUGAACUCACAUCUCCUGUCAACAUGUCCUACAGCCUCUGCUCUGGAAACUUCUCUUCUUGCUCCCUUGGGAGCUACCAGCACUACCCAGGUUCCUUCUUCCCCAGCAAACUGGUGUACAGGACUGACCUCUGCUCUCCCAGCUCCUGCCAGCUGGGCUCCCCUCUCUACAGUCAGGAGACCUGCUGUGAGCCCAUCAGGACCCAGACUGUGGUGUCCCGUCCCUGCCAGACAUCCUGCUACCGCCUGAGGACCUCCACAUUCUCCAGUCCCUGCCAGACGACUUUCCCUGUGUCUCUGGGCUUCAGGUCCAGCAGCUGCAGCUCCCUGAGCUCUGGAUCCAGAAGCUGCUACUCAGUGGGCUGUGGAUCCCGUGGCUUCAGACACCUGGGUUAUGGAAUCUGUGGCUUCCCUUCCCUGAGCUGUGGAUCUGGAUUCUGCCGGCCAACCUACUUUUCCUCCCGUAGCUGCCAAUCAUCCUGUUACAGACCAACCUGUGGAUCUGCCUUCUAUCGUUCAAUUUGUUGAAGGUCUAAAUCCUUUUGCAUAUUGAGAUCAAAGUCUCUCUCAAUAUACCCAUUGUUUUCCUUCUCACAUUUACCACCAAUCUUUUAUUCUUAAAUCAUCAGUUUCUUGCAUCAUCAACUUUUGAGGGACUCUAAACUUAAUGAAUAACCCAAUAUGAAGUCCUAAUACCUGUACUGUUGGAUUUUCAUGGAAAAGCAUUUGAAAAUGAAAAUUUUAAUCUAAUAAAUUUACAUCAUCUGACAUUGAAA